AGGUUGAUCUCCCCCACCGGGGAAGUUGCUGGUUGUUCCUGCCUUCUGUACAGAGGACUACUCGCUACCCGCUAAAGCAAAUUAACAAACCUAUUAGUGUAGUUUUAUCGACCUGUCAAGAUGCAGAUUUGCAGUGUUUGUAGCGAGCAGACAACAAAAUACAGAUGUCCGGCCUGCAAAAUAAGAUAUUGCUCAGUAAGCUGUUACAAGACACAUAAAGAUACUUGCCUACCUGUCAAGGAGCCAGCACCUAUUGCCGAGGAUAAGGCUACAUCGUCCACUGAGCCAUGGAGUGUUGAAGAUCUCCUGCAUGAAGAUGAUCAUAUAGACAAAGUGCCAAUGGAGAAGCUCCAACUGUUAGGGCAGUCAGAGGAGCUGAGAGAUCUGCUGUGUAACCCCCAUCUCAGACAGUUACUAUGGUCCAUUGACAGUGCUGACAGCAAAGACGCUGUGAUGAAGGCUGCCAUGCAGGAGCCUCUGUUCAUCGAGUUUUCAGAUCAGUGUUUAAAAAUAGUAGAAACUGAGAAAGGACAAAUGGAAAACUGUGCUAGCACUGAUUAAACUAUUGAUUACUUUUUUUUUUUAAACUGUGCAAUAACUCUUUGUAAGAUGUCCUGUAUUAUGUCAGGCUUGUUGUAUAUUUACUUUGUUGCUAUGGUUUCUAUUGAUCUAACUUCCUGUUUUCAGCCUUUAUCAUGUUUUGUUUUCAAAUAAAUGGUGAAACCUU